UGGAGGUCAUGUGACACUCAGUGGAGAAUUGUGACGGACAUCAACAGCGUGACGUGUAGUGCUUUACAGGAAGUCGCGCACCAUUGUCUGGUUAGCAUCAUUUUCAUCCUUUUUUCAAAGAUGGACCUGCGGUUACUUGUGAUCGCCGCGUUAUCCGUCACGCUGUGCCGCAGCAGCCACGGAACCUCCGAGUGCGGUGCGCAGCUGGCGCUGGACCCGUCCGACUGCGUGGAUGAAAACGGGCGCAGCUGCAGUGGACGAGGCUCCUGUGAGUGCGGGGGCUGCAAGUGUCAGGAAGGAUACGUCGGGCGUCUGUGCGAGUGCAGCAUAGACGAGCUCCGAACCGGAGACCUGGACGCCAACUGCAGGAAGGACAACGGCACCGACAUCUGCAGCAACAAUGGCGACUGCAUCUGCGGCACCUGCGAGUGCAAGAAGCGGGAGAACCCAGCCGAGGUGUACAGCGGAAAGUACUGCGAGUGCGACAACUUCAACUGCGACCGCUCCAACAACAAGCUGUGUGGAGGACACGGACGCUGCGAGUGUCGCGUGUGUGUCUGCGACGCGAACUACACAGGAAGUGCCUGCGACUGCUCGCUGGACACGUCCACCUGCCUGGCCAGCAACGGACAGAUCUGCAAUGGGAGAGGCACCUGCGAGUGCGGCGUGUGUCGAUGUACCGACCCCAAGUUCCAGGGUCCCACCUGUGAGAUCUGCCCCACCUGCCCGGGCGUCUGCUCUCCGCACAGAGAGUGCGUUCAGUGCAGAGCCUUCCAGACCGGUGAGAAGAAAGACACGUGCGAGCGCGACUGCAGCUACUUCCACCUCAUCAAGGUCAAAGAAACCAAAGAUCUACCGCAGCCCUUCGACCACGAUUUCCCACUGAGACACUGCAAAAUGCGCGACGCCAACGACUGCUGGUUCUACUACACCUACGCCGUCAGGAACGGCAUCGAGGAGGUCCACGUGGUGGAGAAGAUGGAUUGCCCACUCGACUUCUUCCCCAUAUAGACCGGUGGAACAGGCGGCGAGGACGACGGUGGUGACGUCAGGAGCGCGUGGCUCACGAGCGCCACCAUGGCCACGCCAGACUGGCACCUCUGCAUGUCUUUACUUUUGUAUUCACUUCUACUGACAUUGCUACAGCUAUUUUGAACAGAUAUCCUUCGAUUUGAAUCUCACUAUUGUAUUUUAUCUCCUGUAAAUGGCUGCUCUACAAAUUCAAACAACCUCACAUACUCUGAGUUUAUAGACAAAUGAAAAUAAACAAUCAGUGUUUACAUUGUACUUGUGAGUCCUGCGUGUAAAAGGAUUUUCCCUAUGUGAUGUAGUUGUAUUAGAUCAACACACCAUGGCGCUCUGCGAACAUUUGCCGCACGUCAUUCUUUUUUCAAAUUCAGUAAAUCCAUCAUUAAACGUA